GUAGAGGCGUGUGUCGCGGGUUAGGUUGAGGCUGCUGUAGUUUUUAUAAUAGCGUAUGUGUUGAAUUGGACUUGCUGAGUUUGAUAGCAAUAAUUAAAAUAAUGAACAGAAAAACGUCUUCAGGGAAGGCAGGGCAUGUAGUUGCUUGGAUUAACAAGGCGGAAUGGGACCAGGUUCUUGAAUAUUUAUACUCCAAAGACUGCAGUUUACAGAAGUAUGCUCUGCAAAGGAUAUCUGCAUGGAGAGGAAGGUACGGCAGCAGCACACCUGUCGCCGUGGAAAGCACAGCAGACCUGGUCAGGUGUCAGGUGGUGGACGCUUCUGGACGGGGCUGUACCGAGGAGUUAGUGCUCUUGUACGGCAUGGCUCUUGUAAGGUUUGUGAAUUUAAUCACUGAACGGAAGCAGAAGACAAUCUCUAUUCCUCUGAGACGGCUGGCCAAUGAGAUGAACAUUCCAGAGUGGAUAGUGAACUUGCGCCAUGACAUAACUCAUGGGAAACUCCCCUCCCUGAAGUGGUGUAGGAAAGGGUGUGAGUGUGUUCUGGAGUGGCUGCGGCAGGAGUAUUGGUCCCAGCAGCUGGGAAGCAGCCUGGUGGAGCAGUGGGACUCCUCCACUGAGGAGGAUGAAGAGGAGGAGGAAGAGGUCACUGAGCCGCACAACGGACUCAAACACAAAGAGAUCUACAAAAAAGCUAGAGAAUUGUUGGUGUCCUAUGAAAAGGAACAGUUUCAGGUCCUAGCUGAGCUGCAGAAGGAGAACAAGGCAAAGAAGGUGAUGUGGCCCUGCCCCUCCUCGGAGCUGGAGUGGAUCAUGAUGCAGAUCAAAGACUUUGCUCCCGAGAACAGGGAGGCUCUGGCUGAAGUUCUCCUGGAUGAUGGAUUUCUCAUCCCAACCUUGGAACAGCUGGAAUCCUUACAAAUCCACCCUUCAGACAAUGCCGAGUUGUCGAUGCCAUGCGUCCCUCGUGUGUUCGUUCAGUUCUGGCACCCCCUGCUGAAGCUGCUGCACUCCCAGGUGUUCACCCAGGUGUUGCUGGAGAAGCUGUUUGCUGAGUUGCAGCUGUGCACAGAGACCUCUGCGCACAGGACCCAGUACAUCACAGGCUGGAUCACUGACAUCCUGACCUACAAUCACAGAGCAGGAAAAUCGCAGAAAGGUCUCUCUCGUAGCCAGAAGGAGACCAAGAGUAAAUGCCAGCUGUUUGCGAACCAGGUUCGACUGCAGUGGCAGAAACUCCUGACAUUGUGUCUGGCAGCCCCAUGCCUGGCCUCCCCCUACCUGUUGCAGCAGAUCCUGACGUACAUGGACAAGCCACUCCCCCUUGACACACAGCAGCGGCUGCUCCACCUGUGCUGUAUCUACACACAGCCAGGAGAGGGCGCCAUCCCUUCAAUGGACACUGACCAGUUGGAGGAGGAGGCAGUCCACACCCUGGAGAGUCUGCUGAGGAGGGUCAGGCAGGAUCUGCCGCCCAGAGCCAAGGUCCCAGUGCCCCAGCCAGCCAGCCCAGCCUCUCGACUCAACGUAGGGGAGCGAGUGACUGUUCAGGAGCCCUCGCAGGACCUCCAUGAGCAGCUGAGCCCAGAGAUCAUAGCUGAGAGAAUGGCAGCACUGAAAGGGUCACCGUGGCAGAUAUGCACAGAUAAUGUGAAAUGGAAGGAUUUCCCUCUGGGUAAAGUGCCUGGCCAGUCUGAUGACCCCAGCUGUCUCCUGCUGGACAGUUACUCCAUGAUGUCUGUGCUGGAGCAGCCUGUGGACGUGGAGCGGACAGCCGUUCGCGGUGCAGUCCUCAGCCGUGGAAUCUCGGAAGGCCUCCUGUGGACACAAAGUGAUCUUCACAAACUAAAAAGUGGCUUGCAGCUUUUCUAGAAGAGGAGGAGGAGAAAUACUUCAUUCACAGGCAGAAGGGGGAAAUGUGUGCUCUGAAUACAGCAGUUGCACAGAGCAAUGCUUUCUACAGCCGGGGGUUUCCUGCACAGAAACAAUGUGACUUGCUCUAGAUUCCACUUUUUCUCGUGCUGUAAAAGCUGGCUUGCUUGUUCUCCAGCAGCCGUGCAGACUGUUGCAGAUUUGUUGAUUUGCCUAAUUUCAGUGUCUGGGUUAUUGCGUGUACUUGUUAACACCUUUCUGUCGUAAAAAAGCUCUGAAGCUUUUUUAUAGGACACAGGAUUGUGCUUGAUUUAAGUUUGGGAAACAGAUUCUCCGACAAGCCUAGCUUCUAACGAGACAAUACUGUUUCUAAGAAAAUCCCACCGCAAUGUUUUGAUUUAGGACUACACAAUAACAUUUUGCUAUUUAUUUGCUGUUGUCUUGGUAUAGUUUAGGUGCAAUCAAUAAAUUACAUGUCUCCCUUUA